GCCAAGUUCAAAACAGUCAAAAGCUCUGAACGGGCAGGGAGAGUGCAAAAUAUUGUAAUUAUUUCCGAUCUUGGAAUGAUAUUUUAAAUGGAUCAGCUCAUUCCAGUUAUUAACAAACUACAAGAUGUGUUUAAUACUGUGGGAACAGAAGCCAUCCAACUGCCGCAAAUUGUAGUUGUCGGCGCCCAGGUGUGUGGAAAUUUCUCUCCAUAAUUUGUACAUGUAAGAAAGCUUUAUGUUGAUCCUUUGCUUGAAGAUUAAACGGCAGAGAUUGUUUGAUUUGUACUCAGUCCAGAUGCAGUUAGAUUGCUAAUUCACCUUUCUUGUGAAUAACGGUUUGAGACAGUUGGUCGAUGGUGCUGUUUUCCGUGUCAGUUGCGAAAUAGCUGACUUUAGGCUGCAAAACCGAAAGAUCGAGAAAAAUGCAGUGAUAUUUCAGGAUUGAAAUUAAAUUUAAGAUCUCCCAACGAAACCCUGUCAGAAAGAAACAGACAGGCCCUGAAAAUGAUUUGUUUUUGCACUGAUUUUGUUCAGAAUCCUUUGCAAGCUUAAGUUUUAAAUUAAACGAUCGUGAAAUUUUGAAAUUUUCUUGUUGUGCCGGUCUUCCUGCAUGAAGCGAUAUGAAACAUGUAUAUUUGUUCAGUCUUGCCUUCCACUUGCUAAUACUUAUGUUGAUUGCCUUAUUUUGAUACACAACGAGUAACUGAUUUUUAUGAGCAUUCUUCAACAUUAUAGUUUUUUUGUCUUAUAUAAAUCUGUCACUUCUAAAUUGAAUACAACAGUAUACAUGCUUUGUACGUAUUCUUUUGUGUAAUUAGACAGAUAUACAAGUGACAUGACGACAUUAAAUCAAAGUAUCUGAAAGAGCUAAUGAGGUCAAAAGUUUCAUUGUUUUGUUUAUGGCAGCAAAGCCAUAAAAAUCAUUCAGCUGUAGGUGACUUAUGUUUGCCUCUUUGCAAAGAGGAUUCAUUUUGUAUGGUAAGCAUCAACCUUUGUUUUUUACAGAGUAGUGGCAAAAGUUCAGUUCUUGAGAACCUUGUGGGAAGAGACUUCUUACCGAGAGGUACCUGUAACUCAAAUUGUUUGUUUUCUUGUUGCUGUUCGGUUUGAAGCUUUGCUUUCACUAUGUUUUUACAUUGGCUUAGUUAUCUACAGUAGAAGGAGCUGGCUCAUGAAACACAGUUUGACUCAAACAGUUAAACUCUAAUUGCCAUUUGAUGAGUUUGGGAACUGGUGCUUUUAAGGUUGGUAGGGGCCUGGUGAUGAUGAGGUUGUUGAGAGUCUUGAUGUUUCUAGUCCCGAGACAAAGUCAAGGAAAACAUCAGUUCACAGUUGUUCAAAUGAUGGAUAGGGUUAUCUACUGUUUAAAUCACUAUCCAGUAGAUAAGUAUUAGAAAAACCAAUUACACUGUACACUAUCCACUGGAUAGAGAUUUAUCCAGUGAACAACAUUACCCACCUUUCAAACAAUUUGGGCCAUGACUGGAGGGAAAACAAAACUUACUGGUUUCCCAAGCGACCUUACAUUAAGGGCGCGGUCCAUUCAACCAAAAUUUCCGGAAAUUUCGGUCCAAAACUCAAUGGAUCUGUUCGGUCCAACUGGAAAAGUUUUGAAAAACUGGUCUACCUUUUGAGGUGGACCACUUUUCCCGGCCUGACCGGUUGGAAUUUUGGUUGAAUGGAUCACGCCCGAAGUGUUUUUCCACAAUCCUAAUAUCCAGGUUGUUAUUACGCAUGCAUCACAUGUAUGUAGGCAGCAUUCGUUGGGACUUCCACUAAGAAUGAAUGGAAUGCAAAGAAUGCAAUUUGAUCACUCAUUUUGGACCUUCUAUCACUUGUAAUCUGAUCAUGUGUGGUUUGACCUUCUAUCACGUGAAACUUGUGCAAAGUACAGCAUUGGAGCAAAAGUGUUUUGACCUUUGAUCGUUAUCGCCCGCACUAUAUAAUGUUCCCAAACUUUCAAUUCAACAAUGACAAAAAUAAAGAACGAAGCAAAACAAUAUUGGUUCUUAUAAUUAUUGCUUUAUAAGAAAACAACUUUAAUCCUCAAAACUGCUGAAUGAAUUACAGUGGAAGGUCUUGUGAGCGGACACCCUUGGGACGCAAAAAAGUUGUCCUUUUAUAACUGGAGCUGGCCACCAAUGGGAAUGUAAAAGUACAGAUUUUGUGUGAGAGUUGAGAAAAAAACAGGGUUUUGUGAAGGCAGCCAUAAGUAGAGUUGUGUCCGGUUACGUUAGUGUCCGUCAGGCAUGUCACUAAGAUUUCAAGUUGCCGGGUAAAUACAACAAGUAGGCGGGGAAUUAAACAGCUGGGGAUUUCGCUUGGUUCUAUUUUUCUUCUAUUUUCUUAUGAAAGUAGCCGGAGAUCACCCUCAUAGUAGCCGGGGGAAAUCCCCGGCCCCCGCCUCUUAAUGACAGCCCUGGUCCGUGUCCACUUACAUGAGUGUCCGUAAGCGGACAAACAACAUGUACUUUCCUUGCAUUAUCUGCACCUUUUUCCUCCACCGGCUGCUGUAUCUCUUCUUGGAUAACUUUGAAAAUUGUUGCUCUUUAGUUUAUAUGGCUCCGUAUUUGAGUUGCCGCAUUUUUUCAUGAAAGUGAAAACUGGCAGUGUUUGCCUGCAAUCGGUCGCACCACUUUCCACCGUGCUUUGGUCACAUUCUGUUAUAACCUGAGAAGAGUACGUGUACAAUUGCUUUUAAAUCGUAUCAUGACCAGGAUAUAUUUGAAUUUAGUCAAGGCCAUGUUAUCAUUAGAAUCAACCAAUAGUAUUCCCUGUUUAGUGAGUGAAAGUCUAGGAAUAAACAGUACUCCUAAACAGUUAGUCACUUACAGGGUGAAGGACUUUGUUUCAGGCUCCCUUUUAAUAGAAAGUCAUGCAUCUGGGGACAACACCCCAGUGGAAAGCAUCCAGUUAAGAGAAGGGAGAGGAAUAUAGUACAAUAGGUGCUAUAUACGUGUACUAGCCUGAGGAAACAGACUACAUUUUGCGAUGGCACCACUGGUUUCCCUGUGAAAUGACAUCUGAGAAAUGAGCACAGAAAUUCCGUAAGCGUCACUACCCAGAUCUGGGUUGUGACGCAUCAUCAGAGUAUGAAAUUUCUGCCCUUGUUUCUCAGAUGUCAUUUCACAGGGAAACCAGAGGUAGUGUCGUAAAAAGUUGGCUGUUGUCUCAGGCUAGCUAUUUACCAGCUUUAAUACUGUGCCUUGCAGGCUCUGGUGUUGUCACGCGACGGCCGCUGAUUCUUCAGUUAGUGCAUACUCCGCCCAGGGCCACCACAAGUUCAAAGAGAUCAUCCAAAGGGAUUAAACCAAAGAGUGUGGAAGAUGAGGAUGGAGAUUCUUGUGAGAAAUGAGCAUUGCAUCUACUUCUAAUAAUGACUUUACAAAACUUUGGCUGCAAAAAUAUUGUUACAAACCCAAACAAAAUAUUAUCACACCACUCUGCUUUUGCUCCACGUCACCUUUUAGCCUGCCAAAAAGAUAUUAUAUCUGAUAAGUUGGAGGCUAAGCUGCCACAUAAGAGUGCAGAAUUAAUCCAGUUCAUUUUUGCGACAAACUUGACAAACAAAUUGUACUGUUCAUAACUGUACUACUCAAACUGAGGGCACUUUAAAAAAUAUACCACUACAUAACAGUGACAGUAGAAUUCAAUUAUUGAUUAGCAAUAUUUUCUUGUACAAUGCAAUUAAAAUCAUCUCUAGGACAAUAUUAAAACAACAAUUUAAAAAAAUUAAUGAAUGAACAUCAACUUGCCUAGCACUAAAAACAAGGAACAUUAUUUUUGGAGAUCAAUGUAUGUGUGAAGACAUGUUUUAGCUUUUUGAAAAGUUAGCAAUAGCAAUGAUGACAUACAUGUAGCCCCUUUUGAUAAGUAUGACUAGUUUUAGGGCGUCAUAUUAAGAAGUUAAGCACAAUGUCAUAGAUAUACAAAAAACAUCAUCAUCCAUCGCUGUAACUUCAAAGUUACAGUAACAUAAGUACAAAUUGGCUAGACUACUUGUAACUUAAAGUUUGCUCUAGUGGACACUGGGUGAUGUUGCCAAACAACACAUUCAUGCAUCACAUACAUUUCAUGACCUGCAUGUUAUUCUUCAUGCUUAAAGUAACCCAGGAUAAUUUGUUAUUCUUAAUAGAUUACUCUGAUGAUGAGGGUGAAGACUCUCCUAAAGAAAAUGAAGAACCAGAGGAAUGGGGAAAAUUUCUGCAUUUGAAAGAAAGAGUAAGCUAUGUACAACACACUAUUUUACUUUUUACGCAGAAUCUAAACCUGUCUAGCUCUUGUCUAACAUAUUUCAGAGAUGCAAACUUCUGGGGUCAAUGUACAAGGGUGUGAUAAAACUUUUAGAAGACUAGUGGAAUAAUUUACAAUUGUGGCUUUUGAAACAAGUCUGGCUGUACGUGUAAAUUGCACUCAGAAACAUUAACCUCUGAAGAUCUUCAUUGUAGAUGUACACCCCCCACCUCCUAUAAACACAAAAUGGCCUUGUACCCAAGUCAUACAUAUGUUACAUUGGUGCGGCUUAGGUCAUUACGUAGUGUCUAUUUAUAGUACAGACCAUCAACUGUCCCUUCCAUGAAUAUGUUAAUGGUUCAGUUUAUCCUUGGUUUAAAUUUUAUUUUCUUUUUUUUCAAACUCAUUAUUAUAGAUUACCAUACCCUAAAACAAUGGAAAAUAACAUAAGUUUAAACCAAGGAUAAAAUUGAACUACAACAAAUAAUUUUAUUAUAAUGACAAAAUGAUCUUAGUUUGUUUUUAGUGAUAGAAUUAAUAUCUCUGAAAAUGCUGCCACAUUAAAAUCUACUCAUCCCCCAGAGAUGAAUGUUAUUUACACUGUAUUUUCUGAAUUUUGCAAACUUACGCACAGAAAAGCUCUAAAGUCCGUUUUGUGUGGGAGGUUUAGUAAACUGUGUGGGAGAGCAGGUGAUAGGCACUGUUUGUAUCUGGAAGGGUUGUAAUGACCACUCUAUUAUUUUUGUUUUCUGACAUACUCCCUUAAUUAAUGUAUGGCUGUAGGAACUAUGAUGUCUUUCAAAUUCUAAGAUGAAGACACUAGGCAGCCAUCGGAUAUUUUUGUCACUCACCAUUUCCACAUCUCCUGUGUAGUCUGUUUGCCACUCAAAGCAUUUUUUUUAGAUUUAAUUCCAAGAGAAAUGCAGACAAACAAUGUUUCUGCUUGGCUAAGAGACAUUUUUUAAAACCAUGUAUUAUGGGACAACGUGGAAGUGAUGAAUAAAUGACUUUUUCACAUCUGCGAGUGAUGACUGGGUUAAAAAACUAAGUUCUGUCAGCUCUGUUACUUAGCUAAAAAUGUACAUGAUUACUUUACUUUGUUGUAUGUGCCCCCAUGUCUUUGAGCAACUAGUAAAUCGACAGUCAACCAGCCAUUGAAUUGUUUUGUAGCAAAAAAUUAACAAGGAAUGUUUUAUUUAUAUUACGCAGAAAAUAGCAGACUUUGAUGAAAUUUGUCAAGAAAUAGAACGUGAAACUGAAAGGGUAACUGGAAAUAACAAGGUUUGUGGAAACUUACAUCAAACAUCACGGCAAUUGUCAUUAUGCCUUUUUAGUUUUCAAGUUCUGCAGAGUUUUGUUUAGUCAGGUUAAAAUUAAUUAGUUUUAAUUGCCAGUAGUAAAAUAAUUCUUUCAUUUCUUGAGUCCAGGCAAUAGAAAAAUGGCUGAAGGCUACAUUAGUUCAGAAAUAAAAACUGUUUCCCAUUUUUUUUUUUUUUUAGGGAAUUUCAAGUGAACCAAUCAGAUUAAAAAUUUAUUCACCCAAGGUGCUAAACUUAACAUUGGUUGAUCUUCCUGGAGUGACAAAGGUUAGUGUACAUUGAUACACAUGGUGCAGAGAAUUUGAUAAGGUGGGAGUUAAAUUGAUUUUGUUAAUUUAAAAAAUAUACUGCCUUUAUUUUUUGCUGGAAUACUUACAUGUAUAACUUUUAACUAAAUCAUCAUCAUCGUCAUCAUCAACGCCAUCAUCAUCAUUAUCAUCAUCAUCAUCCUCAUUGUCAUUGUCAUUGUCAUGCAGGGCAAUGUUAUUUUGAUAAGGCAGCUUAAAAGCUGGUGUGGACCUGCUGAGAGCAAUGCAUACCCAUAGAUACCACAUUCUUGAGUCUGGCAUCUUGGUGGCUAAUGGGGUGUACGUACCCUACUCUUUACUGAAACAAUGUUGUGGUUUCUUUUACCUUCCAUUAACUCCAUUAACAAUGGAUGAGCUUGGGGAAUAGUGCCUAUCAUGAGAAAGGAAGAACUUUGGAGGCACAAUACAAACCUACUGUACAUAGAAGAAUGCAUUUAGAGUAUUCAUGACAACCCUGUGAGCAGCCACCAACUUACCCUACCAAGAGGGAUGGGUGGGCAGGUGGUAAAAUCAGCAAGAAUUGUCCUGUAAGGAGAAACAAAGUAAUUAGGGAAUGACUUGUCAUCUGAAGCUGAGAGCUCUGUAAACUCUACACAAAACCAUUGGUCACCCCACACACCAACCUGGGGGGAAAAACUGCUGGCCAUCAUUGUUUCAAGUUUACAGUCGUGUAACUUUGCUUAAAUUACAUUUUGCCACAUUUAAAGUCCGAUCAGUGGAAGUGCUGUGUAUUGAGAAAACUGAACUAUAUUCAUUGCUGUCAAAACACCAAUGAGUGGUUUUACUGUGGUAUUUUUGGGUGACCCUGUUCUUUUGUAAAUUCUGUUAUUAGGUACCUGUGGGUGAUCAGCCACUGGACAUUGAGAAUCAAAUUCGUCACCUGAUACUUCAAUACAUCAGUAAUCCCAAUUCUAUUAUCCUUGCUGUGACGCCUGCUAAUAUUGACUUGGCCACUUCAGAAGCUCUGAAGAUUGCAAGAGAAGUGGACCCUGAUGGUGAGACUCAAAUCAGAGUAACUUUCUCUCACACACUGCUGGUAGCUAUGUAACCUUUGGCAUAACAAAUUUGUGAAUUAGCAGAGGCUACAAAAUGGUCAAAAAACAAAAACGUCAGUGAUGGUCUAUGCCACAAAAGCAAUUGCCUGCCUUUCUGUCACAUGGCCUAUGCGAAUCCAUGCGAAUUACUUUCAAUACGCUACUUCCACAUUAAUUUCCCAUAAUGCACCCUAUUUGCCCCCCCAAAUUUUGCAUAACCUUUGUUUUUCAUUUCUCCUGGGCAUUAAAGCCGUCACAAGCGAAACUGAAAACAAUACUUAUGCAAAAUUUUGGGGGACAAAUAAGGUGCAUUAUGGGAAAUGUGGAAAUGGCAUAUACUUCUUACAGUUCUUCUCUAAAUAAAUUUAAAUUCCCCCAAAGAAUUCACUAGCCCAUCAGGCAAGUUAAGAACAGAAUUUAGUUGCGUGAUUACAAAAAAUCCAUCAACCCUGCACUAUCAGACACAACUUUAUUUGUAAUGCUGUAGUGACAAAUCUCACUUCUUCUUGCACAGGAAACAGAACAUUGGCAGUUUGUACUAAGUUAGACUUAAUGGAUCAUGGGACUGAUGCUCUGGACAUCUUGUAUGGCAGAGGUGAGUACUGAAUUUCUGUUUUCUUUCGUUCAUUGACUUUGUCACCUUAGUCUUGCAGUGUGUACUUUUUCUUGCAUCUACUUUUCCUAAAGCAGGUGAUCUAUGCUUGUAUUCUUUACUAACGUAGUGUGUUCUUUUUUGAGAACAAUUGAACUCAGACAGUUAAGUAAUCGAGUAUGGUGAAAUCACUCCUUUAGCAAAUGGUUCUGUUGACAUACAUGUACAUGUAUGCAGAGCUCUCGUUAUGGGUAUUAAAUUUCGUGUGUUUACCUUUCGCGAAGGUUUCAUAUCUGACAACUUGAAAUUAAAGACCCACAAAAUUAAGUACCAUUAAGGUAUUUGUAUGGGGAAACCUGAUAUUCUUAUUGGAAAUUGAAAUCCUUCAGUAAUGUCCCUUAAUAGGAAAACCCCAUGGGGGGACUCCGCGUAUGAAAGGGGUGGGGAUGCUCGUCGGAAAUUUUGAAUUAAACCCCUAAAGGAGACCGAUCUGGGCGUGGCCCAAGCUUUUUUUGACCGCUAAAAGGGACCUUGUUAAGACACAGACAAAUGAAAAAACUUGGAUUAUAUGAAUGGAGUAAGUAAAACGAAUUAAAAAUAUACAAGAACAAACCAGUGCAAAAGUUAAUUGCAAAAUACGUAUUCGACUGCUAAGAGAAAAGAAGAUCAUUAGUUCUUUAGAUUAACGAUUAACUUUGAUUAUAGUUCCACCAGUGUGCAAUGUGUGUUAUGAUUUUAAAUUAUUUGGAUAAAGUCGAUGUACAUAGGACUGUAUAAGACUCCAAAUAAAGCAUUGUCUUGUCUUGUCUACAUAUCAAAUACAUAUUUUUAUAUUUUUUUCGCGUGCAACCCUAAACGAGACCUUCACGGCUAAAUAUGAUGGCGUUUUGCCCAGAACGCUUUAAAUGAGACCAAACUCCGAAAUUUAUACCCCUAAGCGAGACGACGAGCAUCUCCCCACCCCUUUCAUAUGCGGAGUUUCCCCCCGGGAGGAAAACUAAGGGAAAUCCCAGCUAUCGUCUGAGGUGACACAUUUAUUUCGCUGCUCUUCUUAGUCUCUUUAACUAUCCUGGCUUUUGUUUUUUUGGUGGGUUCUUCUCCCUCAAGGUCAGAUUUUAAAGUAAAUGUUUAUGCACAAGAGUUUUAACCAUAGUGAUUUAGUAUAUCUCUCUGUUUGCUUCAACCAGUUAUUCCAGUGAAACUAGGAAUUAUUGGGGUGAUGAACAGAAGUCAACUAGAUAUCAACAAUAAAAAGGUUAGUGGUGUAAUGUGUCUCUAUCGCAACUGUAACAUUAUGUAAGGUUUUAAGAGCAUUACGACUGGAACUUCCCAAUUCUUUUACUGGGAAUUCUCAGCCAUGUCUCAGCAGAAAUCCUGCAGCUUAGAGACAUAACACUUUCCACAAGAUAUGGUCAGUACGCAAUACCAAGGAUGGCUGACAACUGUCUGCUUCCAAAAAUACCCGGUAGACUCAACCUCCCAUACCAGGCCUUUGCAUUCACCGAGAUAGUUCCAAGUGCACCAAACACGAUGGGUAUCACUGUCACUCUCGUGGCUCUGUGGAUUCUUUUAAUUUCAAAUCAGCUGGCCUUAAUUCGAAUUCAGUUCGUUUCAUGAAAAGUUGGGCGUCUGAACCGGACCUAAGUCUAUUUUCACACUAUACCGGGUAGUUUUUAUGCCGGCACGAAACCCAUAGUGGAAAGGGCCUCCCUUCGCUCAUAAGAACGGUGAUUUUGGCGCGAUUUCUGUAAUGGAUCGAAGCUUUGCGCCGCGUCAAUCUCUAAAGUGGAGAGUCAGAUGUCGGAUACAGGUGUUCAUAAUGUACCGGAUACUACAUGUAUACUAUACACUGGUAUAGAUAGCCCAAGAAGAUAGUGCACUUGACUUGAAAUCUCGACCGAGAACUUUGCUGAAUUUGUUUGCCCCUACUCCUGUGUUCACUUGCCUGCGAAAACAUCCGUUUCUCCUCGCUCUUCGCCGCUAGGGACGUUUCGCGAAGAGGAGCGAGGAGAAAAGGGUGUUUUCGCAGGCUAUGUGUUCACUCCUUGCUCGACUUGCAUGGGUAAACAGUCGUUCUUUUGGGAAGUGUAAUGGUGUGACUGAAUUUGAAGUUUGCUCUUUACAGUCUAUUCAAGCUGCCUUGAGGGAUGAAGCACUCUUCUUUCAAAAGAAUUACCCAGCAUUAGCAUCAAGGAAUGGUACUCCGUACCUUUCACGAACUCUUAACAAGGUAAAAAUAAUUUCGUCUUAAAGUCCUUUCGCCCGACGUCAUUCGUCAGGACUGAAGUCGAUUCGCCCAAUGACGUUCAACACCCUACAACAUUGGAAACUUACCUCUCAGCGAUUUUGUUUUAGAUAACCUUCGAUUCCACAUGCGCAGUCAAUGUCUUUUAGGCGUAUUCUGGUUUUUCAGGUUCAGAACGGCAAAUCAUGACAAAUUCACAGCUGGCGAAUCGACUAACGUCCAGGCGAACUGCCGUAGGGCGAAUCGACUUUCGGGCGAAACGACCUGAUAGCCCUCUUGCUGGUAACAGUACAUUAAUAGCCGGUGUUAUUUGGCGUAUUGAGCAGGAAGCUUGAGAUAUAACAGUGAACUUACGCAGCAAGACAGGAGAGCAAAGAAAACAACGAAUCCUAAGCGUACAAUAAUAUUUCGCCAAACUCCACCUUCCUUUUAACAGAUCUUUUUGGAAAAGACCAGAACACAGUAAUGUUAAGUGAAGAUUGCAGCAAAACACGCACGUAAGAGCCCUGUCACGUUUUUGAGUCACGAAGUCGAACGUUUUGCCGUCCUCUUCUUUCUAGUAAGUGACGUUCCGUUGUGUAAGCUCACUAAUGUCUCCAGCUUCGUGCUCUCCUAUAUACAGAAAGUGCCUCUCAUGCAAACUAAUCUGAAAUGUUUCAUUCUCAGAUUUUUAAAAUAACUCUUAUUUUUGCAGCUUUUGAUGCACCAUAUUAGGAACUGUUUGCCCGAGCUGAAGUCACGUGUUAAUACCAUGACGUCACAGUAUCAGCAUCUACUCCAAAGCUACGGAGAACCAGUGGAAGACAAGGUAAUGUGUUCUGAUAACCUUUCACUACUAGAUUGUGAGGGAUUUAUCAUCAUAAUUUUGAACCGUGGACAAAAUCGUUAGGGUGUUUCCUUUCUCUCUGCCGAGGCAAACAUUUUUUUUUUGCAUAGCAAGAUUUCUUUUCCAGUUUAAGGAUUCUGCAAAUUUGAAUUUUGGACUUUUUUUUAAAUUUAAUGCUGGCUGAAUUUUACAUUAAAAUUUUCAAGCCUCGGAAGUUCUUCAACAGUGGUUACCUGGAAAACUCCUGGAUUCCAUGUACAUGUAGCAUUACUUUUAAAAGUAAGGAUACAAUUAGCCGUAACUUAAUUCAGUAUACCCAAGAGUCUCGUUCCAAAUUUGUAGGGUCAAUAUGUGUUUUCUUUUUUCAACUACUUUCAAGAAACUGUCAUAUCCAAUCAAUUUAUAAGGACUUGUUUGUAUUUUACAGUAUUAAUAAAUUUUUCAAACCUCGGUAUGGAAGUUCUUUUUACAAUGGACCCCUAGAAAACUCCUGGAUUCCAUACUCUUCCAGAACGACAGUCCGUUACAUUUGUUUCUGAAAAGUCCACUUUUUAUUUUGCGUCAUUGUUCUGCAUCCUUUCAAAAAUGCCCUCUCCCGUGAUGCACUAACUUAUGAUUUUUAACAGGGCCCGAUGCUUCUUCAACUUAUAACAAGAUUUGCGUCUGCUUACUGUGCGAUAAUUGAAGGAACUGCGCGCGAUAUUGAAACUUCCGAAUUGUGAGUGUUGUUGAGUACUUACAUGUGUUGAAUAAAUUCGCAAGCUCUUGUUUAUUCCUUGUUCACAUUAAGUCCGUUAACUAUAUUAGGCGACGCGUUUCUAGACUAUCCACGAACGUUUAAAAUUAUAGGAUAACUUUCCCUUAUGCCGCCAUCAUCAAGCUUGUAAACGUGCCAUCAAGCUUUCAAAAAUGAAGCAGUCUUUUAAUUACUUGAUCUGGGUGUCUUCGACAACUCCUCUGGGCAAAAAUUCCUUGCCAUUGUUCAGGUAUUAUUUGGGCACUGUUUGAGCAACCAUUUGUAAAACUUGGGCUUGAAAAAAACAAAACAAAAACAAAAAACUGCUUUGUCAUUUAUCAUUGCCUUUGUAGAUGCGGAGGGGCUAGAAUUUGCUACAUUUUCCACGAUACCUUCGGUCGGACGUUAGAAAAAAUGGAUGCGAUGGAAGGUUUAGCUACCAGGGAUAUUCUUACUGCAAUCAGAAAUGCAACGGUUAGUAACUUCAGCCAAUAUUGUCAGUUCAUGAUCAAGUUCGACAAAUGGAGCAUUUUUUUAUUAUUUCUUGGCAUUCAGAUACACUGUACUCGUCACUGGCCAUUGAUCAGAAAGUACAAGAUGUAUAACUCUGAAAAAUCAAUAUUCAUUCCUGGAGAUAAUUUUUUGUUUUCGGAAGUACAUAUAGCUGCCCAAGGCAACUGUUUUGGUCGGGCGAACCAGAAAAAGUUUUCGGCUGUUUGCCUUUAUAAUUAGCGGUUACUGUGAAUCUAAGGACGCGAUCCACACAUCCAAAAUUUUGACAGAAUUUUUGCUGAAUUUAUGAAGGCGAAUAGAAUCAACCUCGGACCGAUCUCUCUUUCUUUCUCUCUAAUGAUAAAUUUCGCGCUCCCUGGAGUCGACAUGGCGUGAUGCAAGUGUUGUCGCACAACAGCAAUAAAAUAUUAAACCAACAGACAGACAAUAAUAUCAUCGACAACAACAAAAACAAAACAAACAUACUUUUAUCUUUUCCUAUUAAGACACCUUUGUUAAUCAGUGAAGCCGGCUUUAUUUUCUUCCACGUAAUUUUCUUUUCUUUCCUCGCGAUUCUCGCUGCAGGGUCCUCGUCCCGCCUUAUUUGUACCGGAGAUUUCGUUUGAGCUGCUGGUAAAAAGGCAGAUCCGCAGGCUAGAGGAACCCAGUCUCCGUUGCGUGGAGCUCGUCCAUGAGGAGAUGCAGAGAAUUGUUCAGCAUGCUUUUACACAGGUAACCAUUAGCUUCCCAGGGACCCCAAAUGUUUGCUGAACAGGCGCCCCAUGGAAGGAAAGUAGAGUGACGUUAAGCUGGAUAUUGGAAGGGUGUGGUGGGGAUCAAGCAUCUAUCGCUUGCCGGAAACUACGUAGAAAUAUGAUGUAAAACGGUACAACUGUAGUAAAGCGAAUAGCCUGUUUCAGGCGUUCAGAGAGUGGAGCGCGUCGCGACCCCACCCCUUCGCUGUUUUUCUGCUCACAUCUCUUAGCGCCGUCCCACAAUCUGAACGCCUGGAAUAGACUAUAAAGCGAAUGUCUGAAAGACAGUAGAAACUCAGUGCUGGGUCUGAAAACAAAGUUUGUUGCUUGCGCUGGAAAUUAAAGUACUCUUAGUUCCGAGUUGAAUCCAUGGCAGAUAUAAGUAGUUGUACUGACUAUAUAAGCUUCUUUCUCCCUUAUGGCUGAUAUGUUGUGUCUGUCUUGGCGUUCUGCCCAUUUAAAUACAAUCCAGUCCCCUUUUACAGGUUAUGGAAGUAAAGAGAUUUCCUCGUCUUCAUGACAAGAUUGUCGAGGUGGUCAUAAAUCUGCUGCAGCGAAGAUUACCCUCCACAAACGAAAUGGUAACUUUAAGUGCAAAUUUUGAAUAUUCUAGUACCCUUCCAGAAGUAGACUGCAAAACAGUCGGUUUUUUUUCUCAAAAUCAGUAAAGAAAUCGGUAAAGCGUGGCGUAAGAGUCUAAAGCGCGCGAAGCGUGCGAGCCUCACACGACUGCUCGCGCGCACUUGAAUACGCAAAAAGACUGUUUUGCAGUCUGUUCCAGAAGAGUCUUUUUUUCGCUUACUCGAUUUUAGCGUACUCAAGAAGACAAAAGCGAGCUUUAGCAAGGACUUCGGCGGCGGCAACGAGGACUUCAAAAAGCACCAGCAAAACAACAACUUUGUACGUGCAUCACGAUUUUUUGUACAUUUCUUUACUAUCCAUGCACGACUAGGACAUGAAAAUGCCUAAUUUCACGUUUCAUGGAGCACGUAAACAAGCAGCGACGAAUUUUUGUUUCUCGUUCUAAACUUGAGUGCGGUCCUCAAGAAAUGCACUCCAGGGAAAUUCGUCUACAUCUUUUUUUUUAUUUUUUUAUUUUUUUAUUUUUAUUUUUAAUAACAUUUAUUCAAUCAACAAUCAACAAUCAAAAAUACUUACAAACACUACGAUACUUACACUACUUACAAUACAAUCUUUAGAAUAUAGUCUGGGAGCAAAUGUCAUAAAAUAAGGUCCCGUGUGAAGUUCCUGCUGAAAGCAAGCACCUCGUGUAAAAGUGUUCAUUAGGUCCUACUAAACAUGAAAAGUUUUGGUGCCAGCUUUGCAACUUGCUCAGACGGCUUUUAAGGGGGGGUUAAAUUCUGACCCAUGAAAUCCAGCGUGAAAACGAGGCUAAAACACAUAAUUCCUCAUAACUUUGUUAAUAACAGACGAAAAUACACCAAACUUGCUCACAUGAUUGGGCAUGAUCCUUCCUGUUGAUUUAUGCUAAUUUACAUAGGUCACGUGACCUUACGCAUGAAAGCGAGGCUGAAACACAUAAUUUUCCAUAAAUUUGUCAAACAAAAUCCUUAUCAUGCCAAACUUGCUCACCUUAGUCAGUUAGACAUCUUGCAUCGAUUGGUGCCACUUUGUAGUGUCACGUGACCCCAUACAUGGAAAUGAGGCCUGGAUUGCAAAACACGCCAAAGGUGAACACAUCAUCCAGGACAAUAACGUUGACUCAUUGUAAUGCAUAUUAAUGCUGUAUGUAUAGCAUUUGAAUGAAAGAAAUAAAAGCUAUAAUGGUGUAAUGAUAAUGUAUUUCGUGUGGCUUAUAUAACUUUAUUAUGAGCGAUUUCUACAAUCCUAUUUCGCACAAAUUCCUGUGGAUUCUUAACCUAGGGGGCCUGGGUGAUUGUGAGCCUCAACUAUUGGUCAGCGGUAAUUAUUUGAGUGUCCGCCAUGUUGUACUUACAGUCAUCACAGUGCUUGUAGUAUGACGGAUUUUGGCCGGUCUAAUGCCCCUUUAGAUUUUAAGCUAUGUGUAAUCUGCCAAGAAAAAAGUACAGCCAAUCUUGUUGAAAAUCCAACUUCCCAUCAAAAGCUUUUAGAAGCCAUCGAAGAACGUUCAAAGUACGAAGACAUCAACUCGAAAACAUUGUGGCUUGUGCUUAAAGAUCUACCACUAGAAGAGCUUAAAGAAAAAGCAACAUGGCAUAGGUCGUGCUACCAAGAAACCACGCACUCAGGAAAGAUCAAGAGAGUAAAAGAGAGGUUUUAGAGAGAGGUUAGAGGGCCAAAUGAAGCUCGAAGAAAGACAAGUGAAUCGCUUCAGGUAAUUGCUAGGUGUAAUGGCUUAUAACUUUAACUUUUUAUUUUAUUGUGUUUUUCAUCUUGGAAUCGCUGAAAAGGUAAUGACAUCCUUGACAUCUCAAAACAUUUCAUUUCAUUUCACUAACCAGGGUCUUCUUACAAGGUCGAAAACCGUCCCUUAUGACAGCAAUCUGUGCUUCUUUUGUGAAGAGAAAGCGAAGUACCAGAACCCUCUGCAUUUGGUGUCAACAUCAUCUGCUGGUAGCUCUCUUGAUAAUGCAGUAAAGCAAUCAAAGGAUCCUAAACUGCUCGUGAAGCUCUCGACGGCUCUAGACAGCACUGACGUUCAUGCCAUUGAUAUUAAAUAUCAUAAAAGCUGCUGGGCGAAGCAUGUGACUGGGGUCCUGCGUAAAACUAUCAAAGAUGACGAGGAAAGGUCAAGAAGUGAGACAGCGGCUAAGCUGGAGUUUUUGAACCUUACCCAAGCUGCCCUCGAUAGCGGAGAAAUACUCAACAUGGCACACUUGGAACAGGCUUUUGAUUCCAUUUCAAACGAGAACAAUAGUCCAAAGACUCUAAGUCGACGUUCAGUUAAAGAGCUUAUCCAGAAAGAGAUAAAGGGAGUUGAGUUCCAUAAGCCCACUAGAGCUAAUGAUCCCGAGAGGGUCAGCGUAAAGCAGUGUAGAGAUGCCGCUAUCCAUAUCGUAGAAUCCACAGCUGACAGUGAUGAAUCUAUGAAAACUCUCUUCGAUGCCGCUUCAAUAUUGAGAAAGGCUAUUAAUCGAAGCGAGAAAUGGGUCUUCUCUGGCUCUCUGGAUACAAUGACACAUGAUCACUGCCCCGAAGAGCUUACCUGCUUCUUUAGGUGGAUAAUCCAAGGUCCCAAUAAGACACUAUCUGAUAAAAAGUGCAAUGAGGUACACAAAAGAGUAAUGCAAUUAGCGCAGAAUACAGAAGCUUUGUGUCUAACGGACAGGCAUGUUGACGAUAAGAGGUCAAAAGCGGUGUACUGCACUAGAGAAAUGCCCCAACACCUCGCAGUUAGCCUAGCAAUACACCAAGCAGUACGAAGCAAAGAGCUGGUUAAUCUCCUCCAUGGAUUUGGCAUGGCUGUAGAGUACAAUCGCUUGUUGAGGGUGGAGUCACAAAUUGAGAAAACUGUCCUGGAGCGCAUAGAGAGUGAAGGUGGCAUGUUUCUCCCUCCGGAUAUCGUGAAAGGACGGCACGUAUAUUUUGCUAUUGAUAAUAUCGAUUUCUCAGAGGAUGCGCCGGACGGGAAGCGUACUCUACACGGCACAGCAAUGGCUAUUUAUCAGAAAGUGGAACCCCAAGAUGAAGAACCUGUAUUAAGGUACCAUAACUGUUCUACUAAGAAGCAUGAUGCACUCAUUUAAUCCCAAGUGCUCGAUGGGAGGGGGGUUAAUUAGAUAAUAGACGUUUAAUUUUACUUUUACUUUGGCAUGACUGGUCUGUGUGAUUCAGGUUUUUCUUUGUUUCAAUACGACUAGCUAGUAAGUUAAAAGCUAAUCUCAUUUCUAGGAUGUAGGAUAGAAAAGAUCCCCUUCUUGAACAGCAUUUUGCUUCAUAAGUAGUUGUUGUUACGUUUUGUUUUUCAUUUUGAUAGGUUAGAGGAGCCAAAUGAUUCAUGCCGUUCUGUAACAGAACUGCCCGAAUCGCUGACAUCUUUAAUGCCAUGCGUGGAGCCGCCAUCAAGGCCCCCUUCUCCUGCGUACCCUACAUUUGAGCUGUCAUCAGAACAAGAGUUGCCCCAAAACAUCCGUGAUGAGAAUGCUACCUGGAUAGUGUCUCGUACUCUCACAGGCCAUGAUGCCCUAAGUGAUGAUGAUAAUGAUCCGCCUCCUGUACCCGUAUGGUCAGCGUACAACUCUUUGGUAAAUGAAGCACUACCUGUCACACGUGUCGGUGCUCCUCCAUUGUUGGCACAUCCUGCUCAUGCAUGGAGCACGCUCCUCACAGUUCUGAUGCGUGCUCAAAAUAUCUCUGUUAGAGUAGUCGGUCCCGGGAGGAAAACAUUCAUAUCGCUAGACCUUGGUUUGUAUCUGCCCGCCAAACGAUUACAGAUGGCCCUAUGCGAACUCAAGAACAUUCUCCUUCGACCAGGGGAGCUGCAUGUGGUUAUGGCUAUGCUGAGGACCAUUGGGUCAUAUAUUGACAGUAGCGGGAUAGACAUGUGCUGGAUCGAGUCGGAACUUUAUGGCCCCUCCACUGUUAAACAGAUAAUCGAUGGCAAGCAUGUUAAGCGCGGUAAAAGAGCACACAUGAUCACCUUACAGGCUUUAUUUUCCUCAUACCUGGAAGCAUUUCUAGAAGGCUCUCCUGAUGUACGUCGUACCCUCGAGGAACUCUCUACGAAAGUUGGAGAUGCGUGCAAAGAAGGCACUAAGGAGAACAUCCAGACGGCGCACCAUAGCUCUACCGACGCGAUCCAGUCUUCUGAAGUAGUCAAGAAGAUGUCUGAUUUUGACGCUGCGAAUGCCACAAAUCCUCUCUUUACUGUAUUUCGCCAAUACAUGCGCAUGGUAAUGGAGAUGUUCGCAUUCAUCCAGGCAGUCCGCAGUGGUGAUUGGAAGCUCCAUCUAAUUGCACUGGAGUUGUUCACAAAGUACUUCUUUGUGCACGACAAGAUCUGUUAUCUAAGGAUGAUCCCCCUGUACCUAGCUGAAAUGGCAUCCCUCGAAUCAUCAGACCCCGAGAUCUAUGGAGAGUUCAUCACAGGAAACUGGGUAGUGAACAAGAACAAGGAGGUUCCCUUCUGUGCUGUUGGUGGUGAUACUGCGUUGGAACACCUCAAUCGAUCUAUGAAAGUUUCUGGUGGGCUUGUAGGGAUCACUUUGAAUGAGAGCGCACGAGCCAAGUUUUUCCUCAUUGCCCCAGAACUAGCCCGACUCACAGCAGAAGCCAAGGCAAUGGCGGGUCUCGUUCCGGAACGUGCACACCAUCAAGAACUAAACUCAGCUGUUUUGACGCACGAAGAUAACAGCAUAAAUAAGUUGACCGAGACAAUCAAGACCUUCACCAAUCCCUUUUCAUCAGACCAGAACACCAACACCGAUCUGUACAACUUGGUCACAAAAGUUGUGAUGAAUGAGAAAACGAAGAAAGAUCUUGUUAAUCAGAGUGAAGAAGGGAGAAAGCUAUUGAGUGCUUUUGUACAAGAUAGGAUCAAGACAGGAAAGAUCAACCUCUGGGCUCCUGUAAAGAAGCGCAAUCUUCUUACCUGGAAAACGAGUGCUAAGGUCAUCAAAGUCAAAGCUAAAGACACGAUCAUCGAGCUAAAGGAGGACAGAAAUCUGUUUGCUCGUUUGGCGAUGGUGUGCAAGAGCCGCCCAGAAAUUGACAUCCAAGAGGCUGUUGGCUUAUAUGAGUUCACUGUUGUCCCAAGAUCUUUGUUUGCACGAGAUGGUACCAUGUUGCAUUGUUCUUGCAAGAGUGCCCUUAUGCAUAUCCUAGAGAAGGCAGGUGGCCCUAGUACUAAUACACAAGAAAUCACCGCAGGAUUCAAAGUCGCGAUUGUUGAUGGAAUGGCCGAAGUCCAAUCACUUGACAAGCCAGAGUGGAUCAAGAACUGUAGAGACUUGGCUGAACAUUUCACGAAUCGCUUGCUUGUAAAGUAUAAUGAUUUACAAGAUUUCCACAUAAUCUUCGACAGAUAUGACGUACCAUCCUCACUGAAAUCAGCAACACGAGUCAAACGACAAGGUGGCCAUGUUCCCAUUUAUUAUCGCAUCACUGAUUCUACCCACAUCGCCAAGGUGCCGAUGAAGAAGCUUCUUGCUCAUUCAAAGACCAAGGGCGAACUUACUACGUUUCUCGCAAAGAAUGUGAAGGAUAAUGCUAAUGGGAGACAAGUCGUUGUGGCAUGGGGAACGGAAUGUGAGGCAACGCGCAGAGACGUCAGGCAUUUACGAAGUACACAAGAAGAAGCCGACACGAAGAUUAUUUUACAUGCUCUGGAUGCCUCUGCUCAAGGUGCUACCCAACUCUCUAUAUAUUCUCCUGACACUGAUGUUCUUGUUUUGGCUCUCCGACGGUAUCCAGAUUUGUGCUCAAACUCUUGCUUUGUUACUGGGACCGGCAGUAGUCGUAGAGUUAUCAACUUGAAGUCAAUCGCAGACGUCCUUGGGCCCACUAAGACGGCUGCGCUGCCAGCAUUUCAUGCGUUGACCGGAGCAGAUGUUACUGGGAGUUUCUCUGGAAAGGGAAAAGCCACUUGUUGGGAUGAGUUUGAUAACGCCAGCACUCCUAUCUUGCAAGCUCUUGCUAACCUCGGUUGUGGGGAACAGCCAGAUGACGGCACAAGAAGUGGAGUGGAACAGCUGGUUUGUCGGAUGUACAAACCAAAGACAGACAUCAAAACUGUCAAAGCCCUCAGAUGGUCCCUCUUUAAGAAAAAUCAAGCUGAGUCUGAGAGGUUGCCGCCCACACAAGCUGCUCUCCAUCAAGCCAUACUGAGAGCGCUCUACCAGCUUCUUGUUUGGAACAACGAUCAUGUAGCAAACCCGGUGUUGCCCUCACCAGAAGGCUAUGGAUGGCAAGAUGAAGAUGGAAAGUGGGUACCAGUCAUGACAAAUCUUCCACCAGCUCCAGAGGCAAUUAUACAGCUUGUCCGAUGCAAGUGCGCCAAGUCCCGUUGCUCUAACAACCGUUGUCAGUGUCAAAAAGCCGGACUUGUCUGUACCGAUCUCUGUCUGUGCUCUGAAGAUUGCCAGAACGAGUAUGCUGAGAGUGAUGAUGAGUAUGAUGAAGACGAAGUCGAACAGGAAAUUCCAUAGGAAUGGACAACAGAACAAUGUAUAAAGAUAUUCAGUAAGACUUUCAUGACUGUAUAUAUAAAAUAGCAGUAGUCGCUAUUUUCAUUUUCUGCCCUUGUUCCAAUAUACAUGCGAAAAUGAAUACAUGGAACCAGUAUCAUAAGUUGGCAAAAUUAUUGAUUAUGUGUACAAGAUAGAUUCUCAAAUGGAGCCUCCGCAGUAUUUGCUUUAUCCGUCUCGUCCCUGUGCUAUGGGCCAUAGGACAAUGAUUAGUUGAAGUUUUUACAUCUGAACUCGGAUAACCAGAUAUGUAUCUGCCUAGAAGUUGUUAAUACAUUUGGCAAGACAAAUGCCAUCCUACAGGAUGCUACAAGAUAUAUCCAGCCUCGUUUUCAUGUAUGGGGUCACAUGACACUACAAAGUGGCACCAAUCGAUGCAAGAUGUCUAACUGACUAAGGUGAGCAAGUUUGGCAUGAUAAGGAUCUUUUUUGACAAAUUUAUGGAAAAUUAUGUGUUUCAGCCUCGCUUUCAUGCGUAAGGUCACGUGACCUAUGUAAAUUAGCAUAAAUCAACAGGGAGGAUCAUGUACAAUCAUGUGAGCAAGUUUGGUGUAUUUUCGUCUAUUAUUAACAAAGUUAUGAGGAAUUAUGUGUUUUAGCCUCGUUUCCAUGCUGGAUUUCAUGGGUCAGAAUUUAACCCCCCCUUAAAAGCCGUCUGAGCAAGUUGCAAAGCUGGCACCAAAACUUUUCAUGUUUAGUAGGACCUAAUUAACACUUUUACACUAGGUGCUUGCUUUCAGCACGAACUUCACACGAGACCACAUUUGCUCCCAGACUAAUACAAUAGACUAAGGUACUUACUCUGUUUACAAUGUAAAGACUUACAAUACUCAGUGCUUACAACACUACCUACUCACUACUCACACUACAAUGCACUAUUUACAAGCAGUUCUAAUUAGUAAUUGUACUUCAAAACCAACAUUUAUAUUUAAAAAAAAAACAAAAACAAAAAAAAACAUUCACGGUAAACGCACUGAUAGCUUAAAGAGGCAGCGAUUGUGAAGCAAAAGAUACACCAGGUUAAUGCUGGAGAAAAUGAGCAGAGGAUCGAGAUAUACAAAUGUAUACAAAAUCAAAGGCUUACUGAAAUAAGGAGCUCACAUUUUCCCAUUUUUUUGGUAAAAUGGGACCUGCAGUGGUCUCUAUGUGGUAGAAUGAUUUGAGGUAUUGCAGGAAGCCUGCUAUCUUUGGCGAGGUUUCCCUUCUUUUGCUAAUCCAGAUGUAAUUUCUGGCUAGAAGGAAAAGGAAAUUAAUUUGCUGGCAGUUUUUUGAAGAAUCCGGCUUUAGACCAAGUACAACAAAUAUAUCUAAUGUGUAAUGUUCCAGUGUAAUGUGGAGCAAAGUCAGCUUAGGAGAUAAACUAUGCCAGAAAAAGGCCACUUUAGGACAAGACCAAAUAAGAUGAAGAAGUUUCUCCGGUUCAUUAUUACAAAAAGAACAAUUUGGGUUGUCUUUUACGCCAAUUUUUGUUAAGAAGUCGUUCGUUGAUAUUCGUCUAUGUAAAAAUUUAUAUUGGAAUUCAAUAAUUCUUGUACUUUUAGUAUAUUUAGCGGCCAACUGGUAGGCUUCCCGCCAAUUAAUCGCCUCCACAUCAUUUUCGUUGCAGUCUUUUAGCCAUUUCUGUUGAUUAUGGGAUGGUAACUUGCAUUUUGUAGAAAGCAACUUGGUGUAUACAAGUUUGCUCGCACUUUGGCAUUCUGUUAAUCUUACUACAAAGGGUUCAUAAUUGUUGCAGUUUUUGAUACAGUUUGUUUUACAUGUAGUCCAAAGAGAUUUUAGAGCAGACACUAGUCCGAAAUACUUUAAAAGACAAACUUUGAGGCUGUAUUUUUGCUGCAGCUCAGCUAGUGAUAAAAAUUUGUUAUGUUCAUCUUUCAAAUGUUUCACUUUCGUAACGCCUCGAUCAAACCAUUCACGAUAGAAGACGGGACAGUUAUCGAUUCUAAUGAGUGAGUUGUGCCAUAAAGUUUGUUCAAGAAAUUGUUUCUCGGACGUUAUGUUUUCAUCAAAAUUGGCUUCCGCCCAGAUUGAAAGUAUAUCUUUUAUAAAGUUAUUCUUAAUCUUGAGAUUCUCAAUGGUAUCUUUCUUGUUUAAGUUACUAGUGAGGACUAUUGUGCCUCCAAAUCGCUCUAACUCUAUAUCAAAAAAAUAUUUCCAUUUUCCCUGGUUCUCUUCAUCCAGAUAUUUUUUAAUCCAUGUAGCUUUCAGGGACUUGUUAAAAGACUGUAUGUCUAUCAUUUUAAGUCCUCCAUUAGCAUAAUCGUUUGUUAUAAUGUCUACAUCUGACAUUUUCGGCGAACUGGAAUAAACGGGACAAAGUUUGAAUAAACGCGAAUUCUUUUUAAAAGUGACGGUUUCGCUUCCGUCGCCGUCGUCGACGCUGAAGCUCCCAAAAAUGAGGUUCUGAUCGAGGCGCAAUGCAUUCUGGAAUGGUUUUUUGGUAUGAUUAGUAAAAUUGUUUGCAUACUAUCGACCAAUCAUAGCUAACGCUCGUCCUUCCAAACGAUCUCAGAAGAUACUUCGGCGACGGCUUAGCUUGUACCCAUUCUCGCUGCAGUUUAUAGAUUCGCCGUCUGCAUUUAAAAUUACAAUCUCAGAUAAAAGUAGUUGGGAAGGUUGCACAACUUAACGGUAGUCCAUUUUAAUCCUCAAAAAAGAGAGUUUUCCCCCUGUUUAACGUUGGGAUAUUACAGAACCAUUACUUGCCCAAUAUUGGGGCAGGAAGGAAAAAGCAGCCUUCUCAACACUUUUGACGAUGAUUGAAGAUUGACUGUAUAAUUAUAAACAAGCAGUUUGUAGGAAACAAAUCAAACAGUAAACAUUGAUUCACUUGAUUUGUAGGUAGAAAAUCUGGUGCAAAUUGAACUGUCCUAUAUUAACACCAAUCACCCAGACUUCACAGAUGGUGCAUCGCUUGUAUCUUCUAUUGCAAUGAAUCAUGAAAUGGUAUGUAUCGAGGCUUUAGUCGGGCUAAAGUAAUUAAGAAAAAUUAGUUAUCGACAUAAUCGAGACAAUGCUUUCCCUCUCAAUUGCUUUGAAGGUCAAAGCUCGAAGAGACGUCAUUUCUCGAAUCUCCUCCUAGUGUCUGUAAAUUUGCCUAUCAGCCCAGUCAAUAAAACCAAAUGUCUGUGUUGUUUUAUUUAUUUGUUUUUAAUUUUUGUUCUUUUUAUAUUCCUAGGAACGUAAACGUGCAAGCAAGUUGUCACAAAGUGUUCUUGUAAAUGGACCAAUUGAGGUGAGGCUUUCUCUACCUUCUUUAUUGGGCGAAAAUAUACCAGUUUUAAUCUUCGUUGGCGUUUUGCUCCGCAGGGUAAGGGUUGACUUACUUUGCCUUCCACCUCAGUAAAUUCAAGUCUGUAUAUAUUUAUUUCACAAUUAAUUAACGCAGGGAGAAAAAAAGGAGGUGGGGAGGGGGUGGGGUGGGCGGAGGGUUGGGGUGUAGGUAGGCUAUCAUACUUAACGUUUGCUAUAUUUAAUAGUAAAUUAAUUUGUUUCAGGGGAUUCGAUCCCAGACUUCCACUCCAGAUUCCAGUCCUACUCACCGCCCUGACAGAGACGCUAACACAUCCUUCGCCCCCAUUGCGCCAGUUGAUAAAAAUCCUGUUUCCUCGACUUCAAGUGGAGGGUUUAUGUCUUGGGUCCCAGGUAUUCGCAGCACUGCUGCCCAGCCCAGCGCGGACAAAACAACUGCAGUUGUGGGACCAAGCAAAUCGGCAACCGAAGAAAUGGUAUGUUGGGAUUGUAAAUUUUAAAACUUAUAAUUGAAAGUUGUUUACCCUCGAAGCAUUUAGGAGUAUUUUAAGGACUCGUUUAAAUGUGACAGUGCGUUCCAGAAUUAGUUUUUCGCGGAGUAUCCUGCGCGAAACCUCUCGGAUGAAAGGAGAAAACCAAGAACAAACUCAACCCACAUUCGGUGUCGUCGCCGGGAUUUCAACCCGGGCACAUUGGUGGUACUGACACCACUGCGCCACCCUUGUUUCGCAGAAAUCUGUUCACUAAAGUGUAAAACGAGCUCGCCACAAUACUUGAUGAACAGGAAAAUGGAUUGAGUCACUUCCGAAGGAAAAAUUCAACGGCAGUUCAGUUACCUUGAGAGAAGAUUGAAAUGCACUCAGUCACUGUUCCACUUAUGUUUUUCGUCCUUCGAAAAAAAGUCGAAGAUGACCAUGACUUUAGACUGAAGACUAGCGGCGGUGGGUCGGUAGAUGGCUAGUGAGGCCAAUCCGAGCCCACACAUGGAACAUGAGUGUGUGGGUGCUGUAGUGUUGGUGGAGUCUGCUCUGGCUUUGCGCUUGGCGUGUUUCCUCUGUGCUUCUGCGGUCCGUCGUCGCCCAACUUUAGUCACCACUGGGGGCCCAUGCGGCAAAAAACCGACUCCGUUUUUUGCCGCAUGGACCCCAGUGGUGACUAAAAUUGGACGGUCCUGGGCAAGCGACUCCCUCCCAAGUACUGGGGUUGAUGUGCAGAGCUUUGUGGGACUCUUUGAAGCAGUCUUUGAGACGUUUCUUUUACCCUCCAAACGGAACGCUUGCCCGGACAGAGUUCUCCAUACUGAAUCUGCUUUGGCAGUCGGCUGCCACUUAUAGUCUCGCACUGUCAUUCGGCACCAUUGCAAAAUGGAGACCAGUAGUAAAUGGUCAAAAGGUCGUGAUUAACCAUAUUAAACUAUAGCAAAAAUUUCUAAUCUAAUUGGUUAUCAACAGCCCUGAUAUCAGGACAGUGUAAGAGGACGGUGCGCUUUGUGCCUGAGUAGUUGGAAAGUACGAGCCAUCGCGUGUGAACAACUAAGAAGGACUUGUGUUUGAUUUUUCUUUAAACAAAAGCUUUAUAAAUUAUGAAAAAUAUAUGUCAGUAAUUGUUAACAGAACAUCAUGGUGUCUAAGUUGUAGAGUGCAAACUGAUAGUUUUGUUGCUCCGGCAUUUUCGUAGCGUCUACCAAUGCUGCAAGUAGCUUUACGAGUAUUGUUAGAAGUCGUACUGACCUUUGCUCAACACUGCAUUCUCUCUAGGCCUUACCGUCGUCGUUUAGGCAGAUAGGUUUAACAGACAGAGAGCAAAUGGAUUCCGACAUUAUCCGUGAGUUUUACAGAUUUCCUUUUGUAAUAACCCCAUGCUUACCAAUAGGUACUGUGCAAGAUUUAGACGGGAGUAAGUUAUUAAUUUUGCGUUUUACAGCGGUUUGUACAAGAAAACGUUUUUAAAAGUGCAUAGCAUUUGCGGUAUUGAUUUCUUCUUUUCGUUACGUUUUAGGUAAGCUUAUCAAGUCCUAUUUCGUGAUUGUAAGGAAAUCUAUUCAAGAUAGGUACGAGUAUAGCCGUUAAUUUUUCACUUCGAUCCUUUCUGCCAAGCUAGCAAAAACGUAUGGCUACACUAACCCCCUAUAUCUCGAACCCUUAUUUGACAAAGCCCCUGUCCAAUAAAUAGAUACUUCGUGGCCAUAAAAUAUAUGAAUUUCAACAACACCCGGUUAAAACUACCCCUUAAAACAAGCGUGUUGUUGUUGUUGUUGUUGUUUUUAAGUCUCAUCAAAUAGACCUUUUUACCGAUACGGCGGCCAUACUGAAUUUAUAAGAUUUAAGGAGUAUUAUGGGAUGCCCAGGGGGCACUCGCUCAGUAUUUACGCGCGCUUUUCGGGCAAAAAGAGAACAUCAAUGUAUAUUUCCCGGGAAAAAGGCGAUCAUUAUUACAUCCAAACACGGCGCAACGAUCUUUUUUCUCAUUACAAUCUUUUUCUAGGAAAACUUAAAGAAAAAUUGGCCUGAAAAGCGCGCGUAAAUACUGAGCGAGUAUAUCGGAUCGUGCCCAUGUCCUCUGGGCAUCCCAUAAUACUCCUUAAAUCUAAUUAAUUCAAUAUGGCCGCCGUAUCGGUAAAAAGGUCUAUUGAUUUGUUAGAUACUGUCAAACCCCUUUGCCUGGGUCUCUCAGAGUCUAUGCUUUGAGACACAGAAGCCAGUUUGCCGUCAGACAGAUCCAGAAAUCUUCAAGCUAAUUUUGAAAUUCCAAGCACAAAGUUAACAAGCUAUUGCCUUCAAGGUCCUCAUGAGAGGUCACAUUUGUUGCCAAAAGAAAAACCCUUACAAAGUUUGCAACUGUAUUUAUGUCGUAACUGCAAACAUUCGGAGGAACCUUUUUAGAAUUUUUCUCCUCCUAAUAAUAUUUAUUAUUUGUUUCUGUAAGCUCAAAAAGAAAAAAAAAUACUGAUGCCUUAGAAAAAAUAAAAUAAAAUUGAUAUGCAUGCCACUAAAGUUUGGUUCGUUUCCUCAGUGUUCCCAAGGCUAUCAUGUACUUCUUGGUGAAUUUUGUUAAGGAAAAAAUACAAAGUGAGCUUGUAGAGAAACUUUAUAAGGUGAGUAAAAAGGCGUUCCUUUAGCUGGGUUACUUGGACAGGUAUUCUUCGCCUCAGGGUAUGGAUGGAGGGAUUGGUUAAUUGAUAUAUUGAGAGGUUGAUAGAUUGUUUGAUUGAUGAAUUAAUAGAUUUUUUUAACAAUAACAAUACUUCACAAAAAGCUGCGCGCAAAACUUCAGUAAAAUAAUUUAUUCAUAAAAAGAAAACGUCAAUAUCAAUACAAAAUUCCAGCAAAACCCCUUCGCAAUUCAAAAUUCCUAGAAAUCACAUAGAGUUAUAAAAAGAUUACUGGAUUAAUAGAUUAAAUGAUUGAUUUAUUGCUGGAUUAAUAGAUUGGUUGAUUGAUGGAUUAAUAGAUUGGAUGAUUUAUAGAUUGCUGAAUUAAUAGAUUAGAUCAUUGAUUUAUUGAUGGAUUAAUAGAUUGGUUGAUUGAUGGAUUAAUAGAUUGAAUGCUUGAUAGAUUGCUGGAUUAUUAGAUUGAAUGAUUGAUUUAUUGCGGGAUUGAUAGAUUGAUGGAUUAAUAGGUUGGAUGAUUUAUAGAUUGCUGGAUUAAUAGAUUAGGUGAUUGAUUUAUUGAUGGAUUAAUAGAAUGGUUGAUUGAUGGAUUAAUAGAUUGGAUGAUUGAUAGAUUACUGGAUUAAUAGAUUGGUUGAUUGGUUAUAGUGGAUGUGUGCUCAUGCUUUCGUAGCUAAUUAAGAGAUCAUAUCACUCCUCAUUAUGUUCAUCUAGGUUUAUUAAAAUUUCGUGAGAUUGUUAAAAUUUACAAUUGUUUGUUUUUAUAUGAUUAUGUCUCUGAUAAUAAGCCGUGUAAUUUUCCAUUAUUUCUUGUAUCUGAGCAACAUAAUUAUUUUACACGAAGUGCAUCUGCUCAGCAAUUACACAUUCCCCACUCAAGAUCAAUAUUCGAAAGUUUUGCCCUACCGUCAUUGGAAAGUACUAUUGGAACGAUCUCCCCCUUUUUAUUCGCAAUAAAUCAUCGAAAAUCCUGUUCAAAAAGGCACUUUAAAAAUAUAAUCUUGCUCAAUAUUGACUUGUGUGCGUGUGUGUGUGCGUGCGUGCGUGUUGUUGUUUCAAUCAAUAACAAAGCUAUAUUAGAAUAAAGUCAAUCCUGUUAAAGCGCCAUAAUUAGUUUUCUAUAAUGUGCCCUUCUCCAUUCUAACUUUCUUUCUUUUUUUCUUUUUUUUUUCCUAUUAUGUACACGUAGUGUAAUCAACCUUGUACUAAUUGAUAUUGUACAACUAAUGUAUUAUCUAAAGGAUGGAGUAAAAAUACAAUACAAAAUUAUUUUAAUACAAAUAGCUAAUUAAGGGUAACUCCACCAAAAUAAUUUGAAAUGAGUAAUAUAAAUAUAAAAUAUAUAUUAGGAUUUAAAACUAGUAUAGCAGGAGGCAACCAAGUGGCUAUUUACUAGCAUGGCUUAGGAUUUGAACUGGAGACUACCUACAAUCAUGGACAAAGGUCUUGGGACACUUUUGCGUUUCUGGGGCGUUUUCCAAUUCUCACAGGUCCACCCCCUUCCUUCACCCCACAAACAAUGUUGGACGCGUGUAUCCAGAACUUUUUCUGAGUUUCAACUUUCUAUAGGGUGGGGGGAGGGAGAACUGCAAGAAAAUUUCGAAAAGGAUGCACUAUUUUAAGAGGGAACCGAGAAAUGACAGAAAAAUAUGAAUAUUGCAGUACUGUCCCAAAGAAAUCACGUUAUCAUUAGCUGUCACUUGUACGUGUUCUUGAUUCUGAAUUUUUUAAAAGUAGAUAACAAAAACGGAUACGCGUGGACGGUAUCGUAAUCUUCCUAAUAUUGCCUCUCAAAGUAUCUUCAUAAUGCACCCGUAGGGUAAAGGAAACUUUCCCAUGCCUACUCGACCUCUGAACAGCUUACAAUGAAGCCUAUAUUUAUUGUACGGUUCUUGUAUGCUGUUCUAAGGAGGAGUGGGAAUUGGCUGUGACUGGUGUAUUUCGACGCUGCUCGCCAUAAAGCCUCCAGUAGCUUAAUGGUUAGUGCACCGAACUGAAACUUGGAGGGCCGUGAGAGUUCGAUUCUCACCUGAAACUCGUUUUUUUUUUUUCUGUGCCUUCUGGUGUUAGAAUUCUCCUUCUUCCAAAUUAAAGUGUUACGUUUUGUAAUGCAGGAUAGGAUAAAGGAAACUUUCUCAUGCCUACUCAACCUCUGAACAACUUACAAUGAAGCCUAUAUUUAUUGUACGGUUCUUGUAUGCUGUUCUAAGGAAUAGUGGGAAUUGGCUAUGACUGGUGUAUUUCGACCCUGCUCACUAUAGAGCGUCCAGUAGCUUAAUGGUUAGAGCAUCUGAAACUCGGAGGGCUGUGAGUUCGAUUCUUACCUGGAACUCGUUCCUUAUUUUUUUCUUCUUCAGUUCUGUGCUUUCUCGUGUUAGAAUUCUUCUUCUUCCAAAUUAAAGUGUCACCUUAUGUAAUUAUCGUGUCAUUCUUCUUUUUUUUUGGCUACAUGCUCGAGUAAAGUAUGUUGGCAUGUGCUGAAAAAAAAAAACACGAAAAUAACUAAAGCUGCAGUUCCCCGCGCUCAGAGCGUUAUUUCUAGUAAACUCUCAAAAAGUUUAGUUGCCUAACAGCAUAUUAGUGGUACUACUGUAAAAAUAACUUUGACGAAACCAAUAGAAUUAAAAUCUAAACUUCGACAUACUUUGCUUAGCUUUUACAAAUUUAUCUCGUGUUAAGCGCCGUUUAUAUGCCGAAGAACCGAAAGAGUGUCACCGUCCUAGCCGAAUCAACUUUAGCUAGUGUUUACAUGAGAAAAAUUGGACUCCUUUGCCCUGGCCAAGUACUGAUAAUAGCGCUCUGAUUGUCUUGUCUUUAUCGAGUUGAUCCGGGUGGGCGAGUCAAAGUGUUUAUAUGGAGAAAGGUUUGUUCGCUUGGUGGGUUACCCGACCAUCGAGAAAGGGUGUCCCGCCAACUUGGUUUGGGCCUUUGACUGCGCUCAGAAUGGGCUUGCACAUCUAGACGAACCGAUGGUUAUUCUUGCAUGUAAUCUGUUCGCCCCCACCGUAAUCCCAGAAGACUGCUAGCAGUCUAUCAGAACACAUGGAAGUAUCUUUAGAAGUUAGUUUGUGAUAAUAAUGAUGAUGACGAUGAUGAUGAUGAUGAUGAUAGACAACGACAACAAAGCACCAAGUGCAAGGGCUCUAAACUCCUACUUAAUAAUAAUAAUAAUAGUAAUAAUCAUGAUAAUAAUAAUGACUUUAUUUACGUGUCAAGCAAAAAAUCUAGCAGAAGGGAUUCCCCACUGCUAAUAGGGGACAGCUAACUUUCUACAAUACAAUCUAAAAAUACAAAACGAAUUAAUAUAGAGUCGAAACUAGAGUCUACUACGGAUUAGAAUUAGAAACUACUAAUGAUGACUCACUAACAUACAUACUACAAAAACUCCAUUUAUAAUUAUCAAAAUUCUAAAAUCUUGUGAUUAAAAUCGUAAUUAAGAAAAUUUAAAAUUACGAAUUGCAAAGGUAGCAGCCACUAGCAGCCGAUCUGUCCUCGCUUGGUAUGUUGCCCCAGAGUCCUGGACCUAGGUAUCGAAUUGAGUGCUUUCCAUGCGUAACUGUGUUAAAACUAGGUUGAUAAGAAUAAACUUUUAUUGCAGAGUGAAAUAUUUGACAAGCUCCUUGAAGAAGCUGAACAAAUGCACAUCAAAAGAAAAGAGGCUACGGAAAUGUUGAAGGUAUUUGGAAAAUAAUCACUUUUAAAUGAGAAGUCGAUAGCAAAUAUGUUGAAAGUCAGGGGCCACUUAGCAUUUACUUGAGUGUAAGCCACUAUCGGGUUUGUUCCCUGAUAGUUUAGGGUUAAUUUCAAAAGAAUCUUUGGUGCUUUAUUGGUGUCAGCUUUUCAAUCUUCAAGUUUUACGGUGGUAAAUCGAGUUGAUCAACUCGGUUAGUGAAACUAAAUGAAUAGCAGAGAGUUUAAAAUAAGACGCGCAUUUGAGUGUUUUUAAGAAGUGAUAAAUUAAAUGUCGCUUAUUUUCUUUGUAUUUUCUUUAGGAAUUACUAAUAAAAUUGAGGAAACCUGAUUAAUAUUUUAUGAAAAACUUUAUUUGCUUUCUUUUUAAAAAAGCUAGAGCGUGCCUUCACAUCAAUUGAAUUCCAAAAAUAGUGGUAAAUUUUUCCUGUCCUCUGUUGCUAUGAAUGGCAAGGAUAGACAUUGAUCGAAACUUGAAAAAGUCGUGCCAACUUUUUCAUUGUUUUCAUGAUAUACCUGCAAAAACAAAUCACCAAAACUUAUUUUGUUUAGUGCUCUCUGAUGAGAUUUGUUUGAUGUGUUCUUCUCGAACUCAUUAAUAUUUCUUGAAGAAAGUACCAAGGAAAUUAAUAUUAAAUGAGUGUUUGGAAAUCAGAUAAAAAAAAACUGCUCAUUUUUGCAUCCUUAACUUCUCCUUGUAAAAUCAUUUUGUUUGAGAAAUAAUUUCAAGCAUUCGACACAGUGUGAUGAAACACCUCGAAGUUCGUCAAAAAUACUCCGCAGCGCGUCGUAUUUUCAACUCUCUACUUCAUAACUCCACAACAACAUAAUUUGGGUGCAUGGGUGAAGGCACUGAUGACUUUAGCAGCAUUGACCUAGAGCAACAAUAUCCUCGAGACAUUGAGUCAUCGAGACAUCGAGUCUCCUCAGAUUAUAAUUUAUUUUUAACUAUUCGUAAUUUUUAUCUCUCUGUAGGCUCUCCAAAGGGCAGGACACAUCAUUAGUGAAGUCAGAGAUACUCACAUCUGGUAGCCGGACAUAAUGAACUGAAAUUUUCAAGGAAAUGAAGUGAGAAAAAUAAUGAAAAGGAUCGCUCUUCAUGUAUUUAAUAAAAAUCAAGUGAAUAUAUAGGAACCAUGUAUUCCCAAGAAAUGCCGAUUUUCCUGAACGAUUCUUAGGUGUUUUCACGUGAACUUUCUAUCCUAAUCCUUUUUUUCUUGAAACUGAAUCCGGCAAUCAAGACAUUCAAGAUGAACUCUUUUUUACUUCAACGUCUCUUUACCGCUUUGCUGUGUAAUUACUUUACCUAGAAGAAGGACUACCCAAAUUGUAC